AUGCUUUCUCUUUGGAGACUCACUCUCUUGUGUGGCCUGCUCAUCGGCCCCUCCUGCUGCCUGCUAGAUUCCAUCUUACCUUUGUCAUCGAUACAUAGCAGCAUCGAUCGCCUGAAAGAUGAAGCUCAUGCGCUUAGUCUGGAUCUUAGGGAUGACUUUGAGAGAUUGAAGUUUCCCCUAGAACACGUUAUGAAGACUAUCUUAAACGACUUUGAGACUCUUUCUGGAAAAGCUCUUGAUGCUUUCAUCUCCAAAGUUACAGCACUUAUAGGGUUAAAGAUUGAGGACAUGGCAUAUCUGAGCCUCAAACCUGAAUUGAGUGCUGAUGGCAACAGUCUCCAGCUCAGACUGCCUGCUAGUGCAGCAAUUAGCAUGAAACUACCUCCUUUGAUCUCAGAUCUUAUCAAAGCACAGGUCAAUAUGGAUUUCCUUAUGCAACUCAAAAUUGUGACUGAUGAAAAGACUGGUCUUUCCGAAGUGAGCCUUGGAGAAUGUUUAGUUGACGAAAGCACUUUAAAGAUAACUAUUUUGAAUGGUGCUGCAGGUUUGAAGGCUCGCUUAGCUGAGAGCUUAACUGCUAUGGUAAAGAAAUUAAUUCCUUCUAUAAUGAAAAAACGGAUGUGUCCUCUUAUGGAGACCUUUGCAAAAGUCAUGGACGUCCAGAAAGUUCAGGAUGUGAUAGACUACCUUAAAACUCAUAAAUCUAUGGCGCCCUCUGCAAUUUUACGCUGA